AUGACCCAUGGCCCCUACGCCGGUCUUCAUGUCCUUGUGUUGCAGCCUGAGCCUGAUGAGCACGAAAAGUUCCCAUUCCUCGAUCUGCCUGCCGAGAUUCGCAACAUGAUCUACUCCCUGGUCCUCGAGCGCCCUGGCUAUCACAUCCGCCUCUCGGGCAAGCACUCUGGAACCAUCCAGACUUUCUGGUACAACCCUAAAGGCAGAUACAUACCGAGAGAUCAGAUUUACAGCACUAGUUUGAUGCGUGUGAACAAGCAAAUUAGUGUCGAAUCGACGCCCUACCUGUUCAGUCGUCACACAUUCGAGUUCACAGACUCCACCAUGAUGCAAAGAUUUCUCGAGUAUCUUGGUCCUGAGCGUACCAAGUCCUUGGUCUCUGUCGUGGUCAACCAGCAGUAUGCUAUCUCGAUCAGACAAGCAUAUGACUUAUUGUCAGUUGCCACUUCUCUCACUAAGCUCGAGAUUACUACCUCGUACUGGUAUCCGUAUGGCGCCCACAUUCUGCUCGAAUGGCCUUCCGUGUUGCUACCUGUAUUCCACUCCCUGUGCUCCGCAGGCAGAAGCCGCGACGAGGUCUUCGACAUGAUCACCAUCAAGGGAGCAGUGAGAGGAAGUUGUCCAGAACACGGCACAUUCAGAAUUGAUCUCGACAAGGAUUGCAAGAAUGAAAUCAAAGCCUACGAAAACUUCCGCAAGAAGCUACGUGACGACAUCGACCAGGAAAUUGACAAAGCGGAGGCCAAGAAGGAGGCCAUCAAAAGAGGUUCGCCAGUCAAGACCAGAGCUGGACGCAAGACAAAGGCAGUCGAUUACUCGGGUAUGGAGGAUUGA